AUGAAUAAACCACUGUUCAGGGCAGAUUUAAAACUUGUACUCCUGGGAGAAUCAUCCGUAGGUAAAUCAGCUUUAGUGACCCGCUUCACGACAGGAAAGUUUCAUCGUAAUAAUGCUACAAUUGGCGCGGCGUUUACUACAAAAACAAUCUCGUGGGAAAACGAGUCUGGCUUUUGGAGCGUCACGUUUGAAAUCUGGGACACAGCCGGACAGGAGCGCUACAGAUCACUUGCUCCGAUGUAUUACCGUAAUACCGACGUUGCUUUGGUGGUCUUCGAUGUUUCAGCUGAGAUAACACAAAGUAAAGCCGAAUCCUGGAUUCAAGAGCUACAAAACUACAUACACAGCGAUGAAAGUACCCCUGAGAUCGUUAUUAAAGUUGUGGGCAACAAAAUUGACCUUUUGCCAGGGUCCUCAGCUUCAGAUGUUGAUUGGAUGCCGGUCAGUGCCAAAACUGGAGCUGGCGUUAACGAACUAUUUGAAGAAAUAGCUAAGCAAAUUCCUCUUUCGAAAUUCGCAUCAGAAACGUCGGAUGUAUCUGUAAUCAACCUUCGUGGGGCAGAUGGAGCCAACAUAACCCCAUCAGGUGGUUGUGCAUGUUAA